AUGGAUCAACCAGAAGAGACGGGUGGUGGCGAUGAUAAUGGAUCUGGUUCACGUCGUUCAAGUAUAAUGGAUGAUCGACGACCAUCACUUCGUCGUGUUGAUCAAGAAAAUUUACUUAAAGUUAGACGAGAUUCCAAAACACGUCGACCAUCAUUAGCUGAAGUUGUACCUGAUUGGCCAACUUUACAUAAAGUUAAACGACCAGAAAAGGAAAAAGAAGCAUUUGUUGAACCAUUACAAGAUAUUAAAUGUAAAGAAGAAGAUGGAGAAAUUACAUUUAAUUGUACGUUUUGCAAACCGAGUACACGUAUACGAUGGCUUAAAAAUAAAGUUGAAAUUUUUCAUGGUUUAAAAUAUCAUUUUGAUUCAAGCGGAGCAAAACAAAAAUUAACUAUUUAUAAAUUACAUCCUGAUGAUUCAGGAAAAUAUUUUUGUCGUGUGAAUGAUGUUGAAACAUCUGCAUGGUUAGAAGUAAAACCUGCUAUACCAUUGUAUGAUUUCUAUAAAGAAUUACCAGCUAGAAUGGAAGUAUUUCGAACAAAACCAACUAUACUUGAAUGUCAUGUUAAUGAUCCAAAUGCACCUGUUAAAUGGUAUAAAAAUGGAGUUCUUAUUGACACUGAAAAAGAUAAACGUAUGAAAUAUCAUCAAGAUAUGACACGAUGUAUCUUCCGUAUAUUUAAAACAACUAAAGCUGAUGAAGGUGAAUAUACAUGUCAAAUUGAUGAUGAACGUGGUAUUAAAACUACUGGUUCAGUCUAUGUCGAAGAACCACAAUGGCGUUUUGAAACAAAAUUACCUGCAACAUUAGAAGGUGAUGAAAAUGAUAAAAUUGAACUUGAAUGUAGUGUUCAAGAUGAAGAUGCCGAAUGUGAUUGGUUCUUUGAGGGUGAAAAAAUUCUUCCGGAAUUAUAUCCUGAUAGAUAUGAAAUAAUAUCGUAUGGAAAAGUUCGUAAAAUGGUUAUUAAGAAAUUAAGUCCAACUGAAGAUAAAGGAAGAUAUGAAUGCAAAACAGGUGUUAUGUCAACACACUGUGAUGUAUCUAUCAAACCUGCACUUCGAAUUGAAAAAGGAUUAAAAGAUAUCGAUGCAUUGGAAGAAGAAGACCUUACACUUGAAGUUACAUUAUCUAAACCUGAUCCACGAGGCAAAUGGAUGAGAGAUGGCAAAGUCAUGUAUCCAGAUCAAAAAACGGUUAUCCUUACUGAAGGAAAUGUUUAUAAAUUAAAAUUAAAAAGUGUUGGUCUUAAAGAUGCUGGAGAAAUUUCAUUUCAAUGUGGUGAUUUGAAAGAAAGUUGCAAAAUAUCUGUUAAAGAAUCUGAAAAACCACCACGUAUUGAUGCAACACGUUUUGGUAAAUCUGUUACAAUUAAAGCUGGACGACCACUUGAUCUUGAAAUUCCUUAUGAUGCUUAUCCAGCACCAACAAUGGUUUGGUUGAAAGAUGGUAAACCAGUUCAACCUGGAGAUGGUUCAUCAUGUCAAACAUCAAUCGAUGCAAAACGAUGUAAAUUAAAUAUUGAAAAAUCAAAACGGGGUGAUACAGGUCAAUAUGAAUUAAUAUUAAAAAAUGCUAAAGGAGAAGUUAAAAUUCCUAUUGCGGUUACUGUUCUUGAUCGUCCUGGUAAACCUGAAGGUCCAAUGAAAGUGUCUGAUGUACUGAAAGAAAGUGCUGUUAUUUCAUGGAAACCUCCAUUGGAUAAUGGUGGUUCAAAUAUUGAAAGAUAUAUUGUUGAAAAACAAGAUGUUGAACGUGGUACUUGGGGACCAGCUGGUGAAGUUAAUGGAGAUAAUACAUCAUUACGUGUAAACAAAUUAACACCAGGAAAAGAAUAUUUAUUUCGUGUCCGUGCUGUUAAUAAAGAAGGUGAAGGUGAACCAUUAGAAACAAGUGGUACAACAUUAGCGAGAAAUCCAUAUGAUGAACCAAGUGCACCUGGUAAACCAGAAGUAUCUGAUUGGGAUAAAGAUCGUGUUGAUCUUGAAUGGCAAGCACCAGAAAAAGAUGGUGGUGCACCUGUUGAAAAAUAUGUUAUUGAACGUCGAGAAAAAGGAAAAGAUCAAUGGCAAAAGGGUGCAGAAAUUCCUGGUAGUUCAACAAAAGGUUCUUGUGGUGGUUUAUCUGAAGGAAAAGAAUAUGAAUUUCGUGUUGUUGCUGUUAAUAAAGCUGGUCCAUCAGAACCUAGUGAACCAUCAAGAGUAGUUCUUGCUAAACCACGUUUCUUAAAACCACGUAUAAAUAAAGUUAAUCUUAAAUCAGUUACUGUUAAAGCAGGUCAAACAAUAACAUUAGAAGCUCCAUAUGCAGCUGAACCAUUACCAACUAUGAAUUGGCAACGAGAAUCAACUGAGGUUAAAUCUGAUGAUCGUACACAAAUGACACUAACAGAUAAAUUAGCUAAACUUAUUAUUACAAAAGCUGUUCGAGCCGAUACAGGUCGAUAUACAAUUCGUUUAGUUAAUGAUUCUGGAUCAGACACUGCUGAUUGUGAAGUUAUUGUUCUUGGUCCACCAUCAAUGCCACGCGGUCCAUUAGAAGUUAAGGACGUUAAUAAAUCAAGUGUUACACUUGCCUGGCUUCCACCAACAGAUACUGGUGGCAAAGAAAUCACAAAUUAUGUUGUUGAAAAACGCGAUAAAAAGAGUGGUGAUUGGGUACGUUGUGCUGAGGCUGUUAAUGGUACACAAGUAACAAUAGGAAAAUUGAAAGAAGGACAUGAAUAUGAAUUUCGUGUUAUGGCUGAAAAUGCAAAUGGUCUUUCUGAACCAUUAGUCACUGACAAAGCUGUUCUUGUUAAAAAUCCAUUUACUGAACCAGGCGCACCAGGUACACCAGAAUGUGUAUCGCGUGAUCGUAAACAUAUUGAAGUUAAAUGGACACCACCAAGAAAUGAUGGUGGCAAUCCAGUUAAAGGUUAUGUUGUUGAACGUCGAGACAAAACAGGCAAGAAAGAAUGGACAAAAAUUAAUCGUGGUGAACUUCACAAAGGAACAAACUUUGUUGAUGAAAAUGUAACAGCUAUGAAAGAAUAUGAAUAUCGUGUUUCUGCUGUUAAUGACGCUGGUCCAGGUGAACCAAGUAGUUCAUCUGGUGGCAUUGCUGCUCGUCCAGAAAAAGAAAAACCAUCAUUUGAUUUAAGUAGUUUAUUUGGUCCGCUUGGCAAAAAAGAAAUACGUGUCAAAGCUGGUGAACCACUAACUAUUGAUGUACCAAUAAAUGGCUCACCUACACCAGUAAUUACUUGGAUAAAAGAUGGUGAAACUGUUCAACCAACUCGAGAUACUCAACUUGAAAGUGAUGAUAUACAUGCUAAAUUACAUAAACCAUCAGCUAAACGUGGAGAUACUGGAAAAUAUAAAAUCCAAUUGAAAAAUGAUUCGGGUGAAGAUGAAUGUGAUAUUGAUGUUAUUGUAUUAGAUAAACCUGGAGUACCUGAAGGCCCAUUAGAAACAACAGAAACAACAAAAGAUAGUGUUUCACUUCAAUGGAAACCACCAAAAGAAAAUGGCGGUGGAGAUAUUACAGGUUAUAUUAUUGAAAAAUGUGCAGAAAAUUCUGAUCGAUGGGAAAAAGUUCCUGGUGUAUUUACACAACCAAAAGGAACUAUUAAAGAUUUAGAAACAAAUAAGAAAUUUAAAUUUCGAGUUAAAGCUGAAAAUAUUUAUGGUAUUGGUGAACCAUUAGAAACAACAUCUGCUAUAACUGUUAAACCACCAUAUGAUGCACCUGAUGCACCAGAGACACCAGAAAUAGUCGAAUAUAAUUCAACAUUUAUUAAACUUAAAUGGGAGAAACCGAAAAAAGAUGGUGGAAAUCCAAUAUCUGGUUAUAAUGUUGAAAUGCGUGAAAAGGGUAGUAAUAAUUGGGUACUAUGCAAUAGUUUUCCAACUAAAGGUACAGAGUAUACUGCCACUGGUUUACGUGAAGGUCAAACAUAUGAAUUUCGUGUUGCUGCUGUUAAUGGUGCUGGACCUGGAACACCAUCCAAACCAUCACAAGCACAAAAAGCUGAAGUACCAAUGUAUGCAGCUGAUGCACCUGAUCAACCAAAAGUUGAAAAAAUUACAAAAGAUUCAGUAACACUUUCAUGGAAAAAACCAGCAAAUGAUGGUGGUACUAGAAUAACAGGUUAUGUUAUUGAGAAAAAAACAGCUGAUGGUCGUGAUUGGACUGAAGUUGGCGAAGUACAAGGCCGUGAACAUUCAUAUACUGUUCCAAAUUUAAAAGAAGGUGAAGAUGUUUCAUUUCGUAUUCGAGCUGUUAAUGCAAUUGGUCCUAGUGAACCAAGUCGACCAACAGAUGCAAUUACUGUUCAAGAUCAACCAGACAAACCAUCAUUUCUUGAUUUGGGUAGUAUUAAAGAUAUAACAGUAAAAGCUGGCAAAGAUUUCGAAUUACAUAUACCAUAUAAAGCUACACCAAAAGCAACAGCUCAAUGGUUUGUUGAUGAUAAAGAAUUAGCUCCUGAUGAUCGUGUGAAUCUUAAAACAUUAGAUAAUGUUGUUACAUUACUUAAUCGUAAAGCUGAACGAGGAGAUACUGGUAUAUAUAAAUUAGUAUUAAAAAAUAGUGAAGGUACAAAUCAAGUACAAUUUCGUGUUAAUGUUCUUUCACCACCAACAAAACCUGAAGGUCCACUUGACGCAACAAAUGUAACUGCUGAAGGAUGUACACUUAAUUGGAAACCACCAAAAGAUGAUGGUGGUAAUGAUAUAAAACAUUACGUUGUGGAACGACGUGAAGCAGGAACAGA